ACCCGCCAGCGGUUCUCGUUCGCCGCCCAGCCCGAGGAGCGGGAGCGCAAUGGUGUGGUUUGAAGGAAGGCUAGUGGUGUACGGCGGAUACAUGGGACAGAACCAGUUCUCAGGGGAGCUCCACAUAUUCGAUCUGGAUAAAGGUAAACGUAAAGGAAGUUGGGUUGUUGAUAGAGUUGUGGGAUCAGCACAGCUUUACCAAGGAGACAACUCAUCUCUACACGAUGGUUUGACCAAAGCUUUGACACCUCCUCCUCUGAGUGAUGAAAAGGCACUGGAGGUCAUCCGAAGAGGGCUGGAAAACAGUCGAGUGAGCACAAGAAACCUGUUAGGAGUCCUUGUAGGUAUCGUGGGGUCAGGGAAAACCUGUUUUCUCAGCCGCCUCGUGAACCAACCACUGCCCUGAGGUGUACACCUGUGCUGGAAUUGCCGAGUCUCCAGUGCCCAGUUUGCUAUCUCCUAUUGGUAGCAUGUCUUUCCAACCCUGGAAACUCUUCUCUUGUCAAGAUACUCUCCAUUUCUUGGCCAGUCUCUUUCGCAAAGAGUCGAAGCUAGCAGUAGUACACAUCACAACCCACCAGAAGACUCUCUAGCUCGACAUUGCCCAAGAAAUG